GCCCGUGUUGUACUGCGCAUGCGCAUGCUGUCCUCUGCAGUCGGCAAGACGAGCCAACAUUUUUUCCAUUCACUUCAGAAAGUUUCCCCUUCUUGCAUCAUCAUGACGCAUGUCUUCGUCUACGGCACCUUAAAGAGGGGACAGCCUAACCACCGUCACAUGACUAACAAAGGCAUUGGACAUGCGCAGUUGCUGGCCUCAGCCGUCACCACUCAGAAGUUCCCCCUAGUGAUCGCCACGGAGUACAACAUCCCUUUCCUCCUCAACAUCCCAGGUCAGGGUCACAGGGUUCACGGCGAGAUCUACAAAGUGGACGAGCCGUUUCUGACCUUCCUGGACGACUUCGAAGACACGCCCGCCAUGUAUCAGCGAAGUCAGGUCACGCUGGCGGUGGAGGAAUGGCUGGGCCGGGCGGACGACAAGGAGAUGUGGGCGCCGGGCAGCAUCACGCAGGCUUUUGUGUACAGCACCACCACCUAUCAGCCGGACUGGCCCUCGCUGCAUCACCAUGACAACUACGACUGCCAUGGCCGUCAUGGGCUCGUCUACAAAAAUCGUCGCACUUAAGUCAUGGACGACUGGUGCUUGGCUCUCCAAGUGCCACCACAAUGAGCAGCACCUAAAUAAUUAAGUAUAUCGUAUUUCCUUGAAUUGCCGCCGGGGCGCUAAUUAAUUUAAAACCUCUUCUCACUCAUGCGCUUACCAAAGGCAUGUGGUAAAAGUAAGCAUGCGCUAAUUAUUAUAAAACCUCUUCUCACUCCGGCACUUACCAAAGGCAUGCAUUAAAAAUUUGAGUGUGAUGUAAGCUGGGACCUUAAAUCCUACUGAAUAGCUCUUAAUCUUCUUCCCUUUAUGCAAUUUCAAAUUACCGGUAUGUGCUAAUUAUUUUAAAACCUCUUCUCACUCCGGCACUUACCAAAGGCAUGCAGUAAAUAUUUGAGUGUGGUGUAAGCUUGGACCUUAAAUCCUACUGAAUAGCUCUUAAUCUUCUUCCCUUUAUGCGAUUUCAAAUUACCGGUAUGCGCUAAUUAUUUUUAAAACCUCUUCUCACUCCGGCACUUACCAAAGGCAUGUGGUAAAAGUAAGCAUGCGCUAAUUAUUUUAAAACCUCUUCUCACUCCAGCACUUACCAGAGGCAUGCAGUAAAAAAUUGAAUGUGAUGUAAGCUUGGACCUUAAAUCCUACUGAAUAGCUCUUAAUCUUCUUUCCUUUAUGCGAUCUCAAAUUACCGGUAUGCGCUAAUUAUUUUAAAACCUUUUCUCACUCCGGCAUUUACCAAAGGAAUGCAGUAAAAAUUUGAGUGUGGUGUAAGCUUGGACCUUAAAUCCUACUGAAUAGCUCUUAAUCUUCUUCCCUUUAUGCGAUUUCAAAUUACCGGUAUGUGCUAAUUAUUUUAAAACCUCUUCUCACUCUGGCACUUACCAAAGGCAUGCACUAAAAGUAAGCAUGCGCUAAUUAUUUUAAAACCUCUUCUCACUCCGGCACUUACCAAAGGCAUGCAGUAAAAAUUUGAGUGUGAUGUAAGCUUGGACCUUGAAUCCUACUGAAUAGCUCUUAAUCUUCUUCCCUGUAUGCAAUUUCAAAUUACCGGUAUGUGCUAAUUAUUUUAAAAACCUCUUCUCAUUCCGGCACUUACCAAAGGCAUGCAGUAAAAAAUUGAGUGUGGUGUAAGCUUGGACCUUAAAUCCUACUGAAUAGCUCUUAAUCUUCUUCCCUUUAUGCGAUUUCAAAUUAGUGGUUUGCGCUAAUUAUUUUAAAGCCUCUUCUCACUCCGGCACUUACCAAAGGCAUGUGGUAAAAGUAAGCAUGCGCUAAUUAUUUUAAAACCUCUUCUCACUCCGGCACUUACCAAAGGCAUGCAGUAAAAAUUUGAGUGUGGUGUAAGCUUGGACCUUAAAUCCUACUGAAUAGCUCUUAAUCUUCUCCCCUUUAUGCGAUUUCAAAUUACCGGUAUGCGCAAAUUUUUUUAAAACCUCUUCUCAUUCCGGCACAUACCAAAGGCAUGCAGUAAAAAUUUGAGUGUGAUGUAAGCUUGGACCUUAAAUCCUACUGAAUAGCUCUUAAUCUUCUUCCCUUUAUGCGAUUUCAAAUUAGCGGUUUGCGCUAAUUAUUUUAAAACCUCUUCUCACUCCGGCACAUACCAAAGGCAUGCAGUAAAAAUUUGAGUGUGAUGUAAGCUUGGACCUUAAAUCCUACUGAAUAGCUCUUAAUCUUCUCCCCUUUAUGCGAUUUCAAAUUACCGGUAUGCGCAAAUUUUUUUAAAACCUCUUCUCAUUCCGGCACAUACCAAAGGCAUGCAGUAAAAAUUUGAGUGUGAUGCAAGCUUGGACCUUAAAUCCUACUGAAUAGCUCUUAAUCUUCUUCCCUUUAUGCGAUUUCAAAUUACCGGUAUGCGCUAAUUAUUUUAAAACCUCUUCUCACUCCGGCACUUACCAAAGGCAUGCAGUAAAAAAUUGAGUGUGGUGUAAGCUUGGACCUUAAAUCCUACUGAAUAGCUCUUAAUCUUCUUCCCUUUAUGCAAUUUCAAAUUACCGGUAUGUGCUAAUUAUUUUAAAACCUCUUCUCACUCCGGCACUUACCAAAGGCAUGCACUAAAAGUAAGCAUGCGCUAAUUAUUUUAAAACCUCUUCUCACUCCGGCACUUAACAAAGGCAUGCAGUAAAAAAUUGAGUUUGAUGUAAGCUUGGACCUUAAAUCCUACUGAAUAGCUCUUAAUCUUCUUCCCUUUAUGCGAUUUCAAAUUACCGGUAUUGAAAUCAGCCUCCUCCAUUAUGAAAAUGAUGACAGGGGAAGUGUCACUCGUGACGUCACGAGUUUGACCAGGCGGUAAUACUAAGUAUGCGCUAAUUAUUUUGCGAAGCGAGUUUGACCCAGCAGUUAUUCAAGGCAGGCACAUACUAUAUGCCCUGCGGCAAUUCAAGGAAAUACGGUAUUUAAUACUGUAUAUUUAGCCACUGUAUUAUAACAGUUUCUACAGUAACAAUGUUAGAAUAUUUGAUUGAGUAAUUUUUUGGGGUACCACUAAAUCAGGGAUGUCAAACUGGUUUUCACAUGAUGAAUUUGCAUCUGGAUUUCAUUAUUAAUGAUAUAAAUUGUUUUAAAUAGACAGUUGAUUUUACAGUAAAAACUUGACAUUUCCAGAA